CUGUCUAGUCUAGAGAGAGGCUGCUGCUACACGCCUCUUUCCUGGACGCAAAAACAGGAAGUGUCCCUGUGACCCGGAGGUGGUAACGGUUAGGUCGUUGAGUUUGCAAGAGUGAGAUUGUUUUGAAAUGUGGAAGACGACUGGUGAUUGUUUAUUUAACGUAUAAAACGAAGUAAAUAAGCUCGAAAGAAAGAAUGAGUGCAGAAGCAGCUGAUCGAGAGGCUGUCACUGGCAGCCGCCCUUGCACCCCGCCUCAGACCUCCUGGUUUGAGUUCCUCCUGGAUGAUACUCUGCUAGAGAGUCACCUACAGAAAUUCUCCCCAGAUCCUAUGCCAGUUCAGCUGAUCACCCAGUUCCUGGAGCAGGCCUCCAAACCCUCCGUGAAUGAGCAAAACCAGGUCCAGCCUCCAGCUGAUAACCGGAGGAACCGGACCUUAAAGCUUCUGGCUCUUAAAGUGGCCGCCCAUUUGAAAUGGAAUUUGGACGUGCUGGAAAAGGGUUUGUCCAUCGCAGUGCUGAACAUGCUUGUAAAUGAACUGCUGUGUGUCAGUAAAGUACCUCCUGGAGUUAAGCAUGUGGAUUUGGACCUCUCUACCUUGCCUCCCACGACUGCUAUGGCUGUGCUUGUGUACAAUAGAUGGGCUAUUCGGACUACAGUUCAGAGCAGUUUUCCUAUAAAGCAGGCCAAACCAGGACCUCAUCAGAUGAACAUGUUAAAUCAUGUACAGCAAGAAAAAGAAUUAACAGAAAACAUUUUAAAAGUGCUUAAAGAGCAGGCAGACGACUUCAUCAUGGUCCUAGAGGGUGUGCUGGGUAUAAAGAAGGACUUCUAUGUUCACACAAUGAGGACCCUGGAUCUCCUGGCAGCUGAACCCUGCACUGCAAAUGGGGAGACAGAGUGUUCAACUGCAGGGCUGAGAAUAAGUGCAGAUGAGCUGCACUGUCAGGUUCGCUAUGACUUGGGUACAGUCUUCUUUCAGCAAGGCUGCACAAAUCCACCCUGUUAUGAAAAGGCCAGGGAGCAUUUCUUAAAAACCAGAGAGCUGCUUUCCAAGCUUGGUGAUGGUGCAGUGCAUUGUCGAAUUGAUGAGAAGAGGUUAGCAGGUUACUGCCAGGCAUGUGGGGUCCUGACCGGAUCGUCUGAUGUCAGCGAUAUGCAGUCAACUCCAUUCACCCAGAUUCACAACUUCAUCAGAUCAGGAAAUUAUAAGGGGCUCAUUGAGAUUUUUCUUGAAGACAACCUGGCCCUCAGUCUACCAAAUCACUUCAGGCAGUCAGUUUUAAGAGAGUUCUUCCAGAAAGCUGAGCAAGGGAACAAAGCCCUGAAUGAAGUGUGUUAUAAGAUUUGUGCCUGCAAUGCAGUGCGUGAUGUCCUGGAAGGUCAAGUCAUCAGUGUCCAAUUCAGGCAGCUGCUACUGAAACCAACAAAAGAGAAGAUUGACUUUCUUCUGGAGGUGUGCACAAGGUCAUUAAAAAUGGAGCAUAUUUCAGACUUUUCAAAAAGAAACAUGGCAGCCUUUUUAAAGAACCUGUGUCAGAGUCUGGAGGACCUGCAGUUUGUCGUCAUGAUUUCUUCCCAUGAGCUCCUAAUGGUACUCCUGAAAGAUGAUGAAAGGAAGGCACUCACUGACCAGAUAAGGAAAAGGUCCUCCUGCAUCAAUCUGUGCACCAAACCGUUGACUUCAUUUUAUGAUAUUCCAGCAUCAGCAAGUGUUAACAUAGGUCAGUUGGAGCAUCAGUUGAUCCUCUCGGUAGAUCCUUGGAGGAUUCGGCAGAUUUUGAUUGAGUUGCACGGCAUGACUGAGCGGCAGUUCUGGAGAGUUUCCAGUAAGUGGGAAGUUCCAUCAGAUUACAGCAGUGUAAUUUUGGGCAUUAAGGAUUACCUGACCAGGGAUUUGGUUUACAUUCUCAUGGCUAAGGGUUUACACUGCAUCGCAAUCAAGGACUUUGUGCACGCCCGGCAGUUGUUUUCUGCCUGUCUUGAGUUGGUUACAGAGUUUUCCCCGAGACUGCGGCAGGUAAUGCUGAAUGAAAUGUUACUUCUGGACAUCAGCGUGCAUGAAGCUGGCGCUGGGAGCAGCAGGGAGCGCCCUCCUCCUGACCUUGUGAGCAGGGUCAGGGGAUACCUGGAGAUGAGGAUUCACGAUAUUCCACUUCGCCAGGUUGUAGGAGAGGAGGGAGUUGCAUUCAUGUUGAACUGGAGAGAGAAUGAAUAUCUAACUCUGCAGGUUCCAACAUCCCUUGUACACAAAAACCCAUAUGUGAAGCUGGGUCAGCUUCUGGCUGCCACCUGUAAGGAGCUCCCAGGCCCCAAGGAGAGUCGGAGGACAGCGAAGGAUCUUUGGGAAGUGGUUGUUCAAAUCUGCAGUCUAACAAGCCAGCAUAAACGAGCCAAUGAUGGACGAGUCAGUCUUAUAAAGCAGAGAGAGUCCACACUGGGGAUCAUGCCCAGGAGCAAAUUUAUAAUUUUCAUCAGGAAGCUAAGGGAACCACUAGUUCUGACGACCCUAAUCUCCUUGUUUGUGAGGCUGCAUAGCAUUGUUCGGGAUGACAUUGUGAAUGAAGUUACUGCCGAACACUUGUCAAUUUGGCCAACAACCUUACCUAACUUGCAGUCUGUAGAUGUGGAAGCUGUUGCUAUCACAAUGAAGGAGCUGGUCAACUAUGCUCUGACUCUGAACCCAAAUAACCACUCCUGGCUCAUCACCCAGGCUGAUAUUUAUUUUGUAACCAAUCAGUACUCUGCUGCUCUGCACUUCUACCUUCAAGCUGGUGCUGUGUGUUCAGACUUUUUCAAUAAGACUGUACCUCCAGACGUCUACACAGAUCAGGUUCUGAAGAGAAUGAUUAAGUGCUGUUCUCUGUUGAAUUGCCACACACAAGUGGCAAUACUUUGUCAGUUUCUCAGGGAAGUGGACUAUAUGACUGCAUUUAAGGCCUUACAAGAGCAGAGCAGUCAUGAUGCCAUGGACUCAUUUUAUGACUACAUCUGGGAUGUGACCAUUCUGGAGUAUCUGACUCAUAUACACCAUAAAAGAGGAGAAGCUGAAAAAAGACAAAUAGCAAUCAAAGCUAUUGGGCAAACAGAACUAAAUGCCAGUAACCCAGAGGAUGUGCUCCAACUUGCUGCCCAGAAAAGGAAGAAGAAAUUUCUCCAAGCAAUGGCAAAGUUGUACUUCUAGAAUUCUUUAUCGAUUUGGCUACUUGAAGAAAUGUGAAUAAAAGAACCAUUUGUAUAGA